UCAACUACACAAAAGAAUAAAAUAAUGAUGACAUUAUGGCUAGUAUAAAUCCACACCGCUCAGGCAUGAUCUUAGAAAACAUUAAAAUUCUUAUCUUCUUACACGUAGAAAUAGUAAUUUAUCUUUAUUGUAAAUCAUGAAGUAUUUUGUGCGAAAGCGUCAGGAACAGUAGAGGUAAAUUUUUUCAUUACGUCAGAUAAAUUCUUUUAAUCCUUGGUAUUAAAACUAAAGAAGAAAUUUAUGUACAACAAUGACGUUUAAAUUGUGUUUACUAGUCAUUAUUAAUUUAAUAAUACAAAUUGAAUCUGCUGAGUAUGAUCUGGAAUUUUUAGCCGUAGUAUUCCGACAUGGAGACCGCGCACCUGAUAAUGGAAGAGAGCAAUACCCGAAUGAUCCAUACAAAUAUUAUGAAUUCUUCCCGGAAGGCCACGGAGGAUUAACUAAUCGUGGUAAGAAGAGAGAAUUCGAUCUAGGUAUUUAUCUUCGCAAUCGUUACAAUGACUUUUUGGGAGAAACGUGUGUUCCAAAAAAAAUAAUGGCUCGAAGUACGGAGUACGAUAGAGCUAAAAUGUCUUUACAAUUGGUAAUGAGUGCUCUGUACCCUCCAAAAGGUGACCAAGUUUGGAAUAAAAAUCUCAUCUGGCAACCAAUUGCUUUUACUUAUCAACCCGGUGAUAUUGAUAUUCUUAUGAUUCCUGAAGAAUGUCCAAAAUUUUUAGAAGAGUUAAAUCGAGUAAAAGAAUUACCAGAAGUAAAAAAACAAGUAAACAAAAUGCGUCCAUUUAUGCAAAAACUUACAUUACUUUCUGGUAAAAUUAUAAAUACAACAACAGACAUCUAUGAUAUGUAUCACAAUUUGAUGGCAGAGUAUGUUAUGGGAUUAAAACUACCUUCAUGGACAGAAGGAAUUUUUCCUAAAGGUGCACUAUGGGACGGAAUCACAUUAGAUUAUAAAAUAACUCAUUACAAUGAAAAACUUAGAAGAUUAAACGGCGGAAUGUUCGUUAGACACUUCACAGAUAUUAUGACAAAUAUAAUCAACAAUAAAACUCACAACGCGCCGAAGAUUAAUUUACUAAGCGGACAUGAAACAAACGUCGCGUCUCUUUUGAAUACUCUUGGUGUAUUCGAACCUCACGUGCCUCCAUACAGCAGCGCUGUAAUUAUUGAAUUACUUCGUAAUCAGACUGAUUAUUUUGUCGGAAUACGACAUUACUUGGGAAUCCCACCAAAAUCUGUGGAGAAACAAAUUCCAGGAUGCGCUGUUCCUUGUCCAUUCAAUGACUUUAUGAGGAUAAUGAAAAAUGUUAUACCUUCUGACGACGAUAAGAUAUGUAUCAAAGGCGUAUCUCCAUAUCGAGCGGUCAUCAAUAAAGCUGAUAGUGAAAAUAUUGGUGAAAUGUUAAUCAAAGCAAGCUUCUUCAUACUUAUCAGUAUUUUUUAUUUUUGUGAUGCGGAAAUAAAGUUAAUUCAAGCUACGAUUCGACACUCUGAUCGUAAUCCAAUUGAUGGAUCUUCUGCAUUUUUAUUUUAUCCGAAAGAUCCAUAUAAAGAUCGCGAUUGGUAUCCAGAUGGACCUAUGGAAUUAACAAAUAAAGGUAAACUACGUGCAUAUAAUCUAGGGAAAUUAUUACGAGAAAAAUAUAAAGAUUUAUUGGGGCCAAUAUAUAAACCCAGUUCUGUAUAUUUCAAAUCAAUUGCAAUGACUCGAGCAAUAAAUACUGCGCACCUGGUAGCGGCAGGUCUUUUUCCGCCUUCAUCUUCUCAAAUUUGGAACCCAAACUUACCCUGGAUUCCUAUUCCCGUAUACUCAGUACCUACGGAAGAAGACGUUAUGAAUUAUGCUAUGAUGUCUUGCGAAAAUUACUCCAUCGACAGGAAGAAAGCUGCCCAAGAAGUAGAUCGAUUGCUCGAAGUCAUCGGUGACGUCCAAGAUUUCUUCGACUAUUUGUCUUUGAAUACUGGCGUUAAUCACACAAGACCAAUACAAGGCUGGAUUCUAUAUCACCAAUUAGCCGCCUAUGCGAGUCUUGGUCUUGAACUGGAGCCGUGGACGGAUAAAAUAUUUCCUGAUGGAAAGCUUGUGGAUAUAAGCGCAAUCGAAUAUAUUCUUCAAACUUACACUGAUAGGAUGAAAAGACUGAUGGGGGGAAUUUGGAUAAAAACGUUUUUAGACCACGUUGAUGAUUUGCUCAGUGGAAGAAAUGUUGAGCGGAAAGGAUUCUUCUAUGCAAGCAAUGAAAUUCAAGUCGGAGCGAUUUUAAACACUCUUAAAGUUUAUAAGCCCCAUAUCCCGGGGUAUGCGAGCACGUUAAUUUUUGAAUUACAUGAAUCUAAUGAUGAAUAUUACGUCAAGGUGGUGUAUAUAAAUGAAAACAACCUUACAGAAUUUGUGGUACCAGGUUGUGAGAGCUCAGUUUGUUCAUUGGAGACAUUCAAGAAAGUUUUGAAAAACGUUACAAUGCAAAGUUUUGAUAUAGAUUGUGGCCGUAAAGGGAAUUUUAGUAUCAUUGAUUUAUAAUUGCAAAAUAUCUUCCUACAAUAAAAAAUGUCAAUGCUAAA